AAACGCCUCCAUCCAGAUCACGCAUCCAUCUCAAUCUCUUGCCUCCUCCUCUCGUUGUCGGCGUCCUCGUCCUCGUCCCCACCUACACUGCCGCGCGUGUAGUGGAGAUCCACUCUCGGCCAUGAAUUGAUCCCCUCUUCCCUGGAGAAGGACGACGAGCAGGCGGCGUCGGAGGCGAGGAUGUCGACCUCGAGCUCGCCGUGCGCGGCGUGCAAGCUGCUGCGCCGCAAGUGUACGCAGGGGUGCGUCUUCGCGCCCUACUUCCCGCCGGACAACCCCUCCAAGUUCGCCAACGUGCACCGCGUGUUCGGCGCCAGCAACGUCUCCAAGCUCCUCAACGAGCUCCCGCACGCGCAGCGGGAGGACGCCGUCAACUCGCUCGCAUACGAGGCCGACGCGCGCCUUCGCGACCCCGUCUACGGCUGCGUCUCCUACAUCUCCAUCCUCCAGCUCAAGAUCAAACAGGCGCGCGACGAGCUCGCCGGCGCGCGCAAGGAUCUGGCCGGGUACAUCGGCCCCGCCGCCUUCGCGCCCUUCGUCACCGAGCCGCAGUACCACCACAAUUCCGCCACGCAGUACGCCGCCGGCGUACCCCUCGCCGCCGCCGGGAUGAGGCUAGGCUUCGGGGUCGCGCCGCAGCACGGCCACCCACACCCGCAUCAUCAGAUCAUGGUGCAGCACCAGCACCUCUACCACCAGCAGCUGGCGGAGGCGCAGCAGCUGGUCGCCGCCGUGGAUGUCGCCAGGGAGCAGGACUUGAUGAUGAGACAUGCUGCGGCCUACGCGCACGCCGUGCCCGGGAGCAGCACUGGCGCGACAGUGGCGGUCGUGCCGCCUGAUGCGGUGCCGUACGAGAGCGGUUUCCUCUUCCAGCAGCAACCGCCGGUACAGGCGCAGACGGCGGUGGCAUUGACGUACCAAAUUGAGCCGUCUCCGCCGCCGUCAUCGUCGGGACAGUCGCCUGCCGAAGUGUCGCGCCAGCAGCAUACGGAUGCAAGCGACGAGGGCAACGGUGGUGUGGUGCAGCCGGCCUGACCUGGCGGCUGACGGCCGCACGCCCGCCGAUCUAUCUCCACCACCACCACCACCGUGUCUUUGUGCUUUGUACAACCUUUUUGGUUUAUUUGGUGUUCCUUGUUCGUUAUGAUUUUUUCAUCUUCUUGAUCAUAUGGCCUCGGCAUCUGUGAUCCAUGCAUCCCCAAGGCAGGCGGGGUGGUGAUCCUUCUCAAGGUUCUUCAUGAGGUGCCUUCCUUCCUCCAGAGUGAGAGCCAAAUAAAUGCAAGACAGAAAGAGUGGUAGGGGGACAGAUACUCAUCAUCGAUCAGUGUAACACAGAGAAAUUAAUGGUGGAAAGGUGGAGAGAGAUGGGGGUAGAGGUAGAUAGAGACCAGUACUGAGAUAUAGAAACAUGCAUGGUCUGUGCAGGAGGGGAGCAAAUGGUGAAGUGAGAUAUAGAAACGUGCAAGGUGUUUGCAGAAAGCAGCAAGCUAGCAUGAAGAAACAAUAACAGAAGGGGCAAAGGAAAAGGCAGAAACAUACAUAUGUUGGUUUUUUCUGCAAAAUCCUUUUCGAAAACUGUAUUAGCUCACAUAUUUUUGUUGACUUGUGCAUUUGUUGUAAGACACACAUCCACUACCACCAGCAAAACAAGAAAAAAAAGAUUGCA